AUGGCCUCUUACUCUGGCCGUGACAUGCCGCUUGCGGCCUCUGUCACAUCUCCCAUCAUCGAGCAAGCGCAGACCAGACUGAACCAGUCUGAGCGCAACUACUCCAGAACCCAGCAAGAUCUCCAGAAUGCCAUGCGCAUCCGAGCAACAACACCGAUGUCAGCGGCCGAGACCAAUGCCAAAGACACCGAGAUCGCGUCAUUGCGGCGCAAGCUGAGUGCUCAGGAGGCGGAGAUGACGAAGCUGCGGGAGACAAUCGAGAAACAGCGGAUGACCAUCAAGACGCAGAGCGAGGCCAUCUCCAACCCCAAGCAACAUUAUGCCACACCAACGCCUAACCGUUUCGGAGGCAACCAGCAGUAUGGCCCAUACCCGAAUCUUCAGCCACCUCCACCUCCCCCACCACCGAUCUUCGCCACGGGAAAUGCCAUCACAUUCACACAGCCUCGUCCUGCCAUGCCUGGACUUCUCCAACAGCAGCCUGGAAACACACCUUCUCCUUUCGAUGACAACAUGGCGCAGCAAUUCUCUGCUCUCUCAGUCAAUCAAGCUCAAGGUCCACAGAUGCAGCACCCACAACCUACCCCAUUCCGACAGUCUGGCCACGUCAAUGAGUUCGGUUCGCCUGAGCCAACAAGACCAUACAAUACCAACCUGGCCAUCAAGUCCACUCCCAUGGGGCCUAACAAAGGCAACAGUGGAACUCCAGCUUUGGGGUCGGCAGCCAGGAUGCACACUCGAGGGAUGCCCAGCACUGCUCUGCAGCCACCACAAAUGCCAGCUUUCCCCAACCCCAUCUCCAUGGCCACCGGGCCACAUCUCGUGGUUCCUGCUGCGGUUGCUCAGAUGUUUGCCGAUGUGCUCCACAUGGCAGAAAAAUAUGCAUACUCUCAUGUCAACACACCCAGCACCCAGAAGGACAACGGCAUGCCACAAGAGGUCAAGGACAGACUGAUGAGAGCUGCAUCCACCACUUCGGCGUUCCAGUUCAUGCAGACACCAUUUACCCGCUAUCUGCUGGUCUACAAGAUCAUUGUCCAAUUCAUGAUCAAGACCAUUCUCAAGCAUGACUGCUUCACCGGAUUCGACCCAGAGGCGGACCGAGUCAUCGAAAACUGCAAGAAUCAAAUGUACCAGAGUACCCCCGCCCAGGUCAAGUACCAACUGCUCACCACCAUGGCGGCUCAGGUCCAGAAGCUCAAGACCAAUCCCAACUUCCAGAACUUUGUCAACAACAUUGCCCGUACGCGUGGCAACGAGAUCUGGAGAGUCCUCAAGCCGAUGAUGCACUCCAAGACGUCGCGGGACUGGGAUGACUUGUACGAAUUGAUGAUCAAGGCACACCAACUUGCCCAAAUGAUGUUCUCUGGCUCGGAAGAAUACAAGUUUGACUUUCCAGCAAUGGGCCAGCAAUAUCGCAAAGACUGGAUGGAGUCAAGGGAUGUUUUCAAGAACGUUCACACUCCUGAACAGCUGGAAGCCAUGGGAGCCACAGUCAGGCUCGGAAUCACACCACUCAUCAGUGUGCGAACCAGCACUCCAGAGGGACUUGUGAAGUCAAGCACCAUUAUGCAGGCAUUUGUGUUGAUCAAGGCAGACAAAGGGAACUGAGAGGGGACUUGGUGUGUGGUGGAGGGGAUGGACACUUUGCUGAAUGUGAGGGCUCGUAGAAAUCGAUUUUCACUUUGGGGAAUCAAACAUGCCAAGACCAUGGCAAAUGUAUGGAGCUUCCAUAGAAAUGGGAUGGUAGAGAGAUG